AUGGGUUCCCCACUAUCACCUGUCAUCGCCAAUUUCUACAUGGAGCAUUUUGAAGAAAUGGCGGUGGACAGGGCGACCUUCAAGCCCCUCUGCUGGUUCCGUUAUGUGGACGACACGUUUGUUAUCUGGCCCCACGGCCCUGGCAAGCUCGCUAAGUUCCUCAACCACCUCAACAGUAUUCACGAGAGCAUCCAGUUCACCAUGGAGACUGAAAAGGACGGCCAUCUCCCAUUCCUCGACAUAGAUAUCCACCGAAAACCUGAUGGCUCAUUAGGCCACAAGCUGUACCGAAAACCAACCCAUACCGACCUUUACCUCAAUUCCAAUUCCCAUCACCACCCGUCCAACAAACAGGCCGUGCUUUCGACCCUGGUACACAGGGCUAAAGCCCUUUGCGACCACAAGAGCCUACAGAGUGAACUGGAGACACUCACCACCACCUACAGGAAAAACGGAUACAGCACCCGUCAGAUCCAGAGAGCUCUCAAUCCGCCUGCGAGGCUGUCACCGCCUACUGGAAAACCAGCCUUGGUUGCCUUCCUGCCCUACAUGCUGUGUUCACUCAUGCCCACACCCUACACUGCAGGACUAUCCCCUGUCAGAUGUCUGUGA